AUGGAGCUGGCGAUCAUCAACGGUACCUAUCGCUCAGCGUCAGAGCAGGCUGCAGCUGCUGCCGCAGCCGCCCAGCUCAAGCAACCGUUAGCUGCUGCUCUCCAGGCGGCCGCCUUGUCUGCACAGGCCCGAAGUGUCCUACCGAUGCUAGCGGCGAGCAAUCAAGCUCUGACGCGAUCUCCAACGAUGGCCGUAGCUGGCGCUCCAAUUGUGAUGAGUCCUGGUCGAGGAGCCACAGGAGCCCAACAGACCCAAAUGCUCGGUCUGCAGUCCCAACUGGGGGCAGCUGCCGUUGCCGCGUCGAACAAUGCAGCCGCCGUCGCUGCGCAGCAGGCCGCAAUCCUUCAGCAGCAGCAACAGGCCGCCGAAUACCAGCAGUUGUUGUUCAGUCAAGGCUUGACCUAUGAGAACUUGGCGAAUGUGGCGGCCCUUCAGCAAUUUCAACAAGCACAGGCAGUUCAACAACAAGCAGCUGCAGCUCAACAACAGUACAGUCUGUUAGGAGGACAAUACGCCGACUAUGCCGGUGUUGACAUCGCCGCAACUCAAACAGCUCCUGGUGCAAUGAUUAACCAACGUCGCGUUCUUGGCACAUCUCGUGACCAUCCCUACAAGCAGUAA